CAUAUAUAAAUACUAUAUUCUUAUUGUGUCACAAGAUUCAACUAAAACUAAAACUAAAACUGAGAAAGGAAAGGUUUGAAGUUUCCACGUAGAUUUACGAUGGUGGGUGUUAUUUCGUUGGUAACAGGGAUGCAUGGUCCGAGUGGGUUUGGCUCAGCCUCCACUGCUGAACAGGUUACUCAAGGAAUUCAUGCCAGCAACCUCACUGCAAUCAUCACAGGAGGAGCAAGUGGUAUAGGGUUGGAGACAACAAGAGUAUUGGCUCUUCGGAAGGUGCAUGUCAUCAUUGCAGCACGAGACAUGGCGUCUGCAAAGAAAGCCAAACAAGAUAUACUUGAGGACAAUAAGUCUGCCCGAAUAGACAUAAUGAAGCUUGACCUAUGCUCAGUCAAUUCUGUUAGAUCAUUUGUCGACAACUUCAUUGCUCUUGAUCUUCCUCUCAACAUCUUAAUAAACAAUGCUGGAGUGAUGUUCUGCCCCUUCAAGCUCUCAGAGGAUGGGGUUGAGAUGCAGUUUGCAACAAACCAUCUUGGCCAUUUCCUCUUGACAAACCUGCUACUUGACAAAAUGAAACAAACUGCAAAAGCCACUGGAAUAGAGGGCCGGAUCAUAAAUCUGUCAUCAAUUGCUCAUAACUACACUUACAGAAAGGGGAUUAGAUUCAAUAAGAUCAAUGAGCGAAAAGGUUAUGGUAAGAAGAAGGCGUAUGGACAAUCCAAGUUAGCUAACAUAUUACAUACAAAUGAGCUUUCUCGUCGCCUGCAGGAAGAGGGUGUGAACAUCACAGCCAACUCGGUCCAUCCAGGAGUUAUCAUGACUCCUCUUAUGAGACAUUCUUCUUACCUUAUGCACUUCUUGAAGGUAUUCACAUUCUACAUAUGGAAGAACGUUCCCCAGGGAGCAGCUACGACAUGCUAUGUUGCUCUCCACCCAAGCGUGAAAGGUGUCACGGGGAAGUACUUUGUGGAUUGCAAUCAAUGCAAACCAAGUGCAUUUGGCAAAAGCAAACAGUUAGCAAAGAAACUAUGGGAUUUCAGUAACGAGUUGAUCGAGUCAAUUUCAAAGGUUUGAGGAUGUUCCUAGCUAGUUAAAGCCCUCGUUGUGGUCACCAAUUUAUCAAAACUAUCUUCUUAUGCAAUAAGAAGCAUGUUACAGUUAUAGUUACAAUUUGCCAUUUUCUGAGGAUGUUCCUAAAUUCGUUCCUUUCAUCCAAAUACUUAUGUAUCAAACAUUUCGUUUCAUCCAAAAGGCCCAGAAGUUAGUUAAGUAGCUAUAAUUAAAUAAAAUUAUUUACGAUUUACUAGGUUAAGUUUAUGUAAUGAUCUUGUGGGUUAGAUCUCUAUUAGUAGUGCCGUUAAAGAAAUGGAAAAUUGGAAAUAGUA